AUGCCUCUGCGUCCGGCAGCCGGCAAACAUGAGCCACCCAGCCCUCCACGGCAGGACCAGCAGCAGCAGCAGCACACACACACACACUCACACACACUCACACAGCCUUACACACACACAGCGAACGGCAGCCAGGGGGCCAGCACUGACAGCGGCAGCUCCCGGGAAGAGGACACCGGUGUUCCCAUUCCUGUCGGUGUUCCGGCUUUCUGUCCCGGUGCAGAGUGGAGCCACAGUGCAAGAGCACCCAUGGAAGAGCCGACAGGCAACACCGUGGUCAUCCGCAUUGGAAUCCCAGACCUACAACAGACGAAAUGUAUGAAAUUCAAUGUGGAUGCUCCUAUCUGGCUGUCCAAGCAGCGGAUCCUGUGUACUCUCAACCAGAGCCUGAAGGAUGUACUCAACUAUGGCCUAUUCCAGCCGGCCUACAACGGCAAGGCUGGCAAGUUUCUGGAUGAGGAGAGACAGCUAAGGGAAUACCCCUUCCCAUCCAUCGCUCCCGUACCUUACCUGGAGUUCCGCUAUAAAAGACGUGUCUACACCCAGACUCACCUGGAUGAAAAGCAGCUGUCCAAGCUCCAUACCAAGGCAAACCUGAAGAAGUUUAUGGAGUAUGUGCAGCAGAGGAACAUUGAAAAGGUCUCAAGGUUCCUGGAAAAAGGCCUGGAUCCCAACUUCCAUGAUCCAGACACAGGAGAAUGUCCUCUAACGCUGGCAGCACAGCUGGAGGGAUGUGCAGAUCUCAUCAAGGUGCUGAAGAGUGGAGGGGCGCAUCUGGACUUCAGAACAAAAGAUGGCAUUACUGCCCUACACAAGGCCGUGCGCAGCAAGAACCAUACAGCUCUUAUAACGCUGUUGGACUUGAGUGCAUCGCCUGACUAUAAAGACAGUAGGGGGUUAACUCCUCUCUACCACAGCUCGAUGGUAGGAGGAGACCCAUACUGCUGUGAGCUGCUGCUGCAUGAUCAUGCACAGGUUGGCUGUGUGGAUGAGAAUGGCUGGCAGGAGAUACACCAGGCAUGCCGCUAUGGCCAUGUGCAACACCUGGAACACCUGCUGUUCUACGGCGCUGACAUGAGCGCCCAGAAUGCAUCUGGAAACACCGCACUUCAUGUGUGUGCUCUCUACAACCAGGAUAGCUGUGCACGAGUUAUCCUGUUCCGGGGGGCCAAUAAAGAGAUAAAGAACUACAACAGCCAGACCGCCUUUCAGGUGGCUAUUAUAGCAGGAAACUUUGAUCUGGCUGAAAUCAUAAAGGUCCACAAAGCAUCGGAUGUUGUGCCUUUCAGGGAGACCCCCUCCUACACCAACCGUCGACGUGUGACACCUGGCCCCCUGCCCUCGCCACGUUCUUUGCUCCGCUCUGCGAGUGACAAUAACCUGAACGGGGACCACGAUCACAUCCGCGGUCAGACCCCGAGAGAAAUCCGUGGCCGUCAGGGUCACUCCCCUGUCCCUUCACUGCGCAGUCUGCCAGCUCUUGGACAGCAGCACAGCAGCCUGGGAGAGAGCCGUCAUGGAGAGAUCCCUGACAGCAGUCUCCAGAGUACCGGCAGCUCCAGAUCCUCUCAUUCCCGCUCGCCUUCACUACAUCACAUGCAUGAAGAGGACAGGCCGGUUCCCAGAAGGUCCCACAGCCAUGGUUACCCUCAUGGACACGGCCAUCGUGGAAGACUCAGCCCUGGCUCAGUGCAGAGAGACCAGCCCCCUCAUCACACGCCUCCGGCACUGACGGGCCCCCGUGGGCCCAAACGUAAACUCUACAGUGCUGUCCCGGGACGUACCUUCAUUGUGGUCAAGCCCUACACGCCACAAGGGGAGGGAGAGAUCCAACUCAACCGAGGAGAGAGAGUCAAAGUUCUAAGUAUAGGGGAAGGAGGUUUCUGGGAAGGCACGGUCAAAGGGAGGACAGGCUGGUUCCCAGCAGACUAUGUGGAAGAAGUUCAGAUGAGGCAGUUUGACCCACGGCUAGAGACCCGGGAGGACCGCACUAAGAGAUUGUUCAGACACUACACUGUGGGAUCCUACGACAACUUCACAUCAUACAGUGACUAUAUCAUAGAGGAGAAGAAUGCUGUUUUACAGAAGAAAGAAAAUGAAGGAUUUGGUUUUGUCCUGCGGGGAGCAAAGGCCGAGACGCCAAUCGAGGAGUUCACCCCCACCCCAGCGUUCCCUGCCCUUCAGUACCUGGAGUCUGUGGACGUGGAGGGAGUGGCCUGGCGAGCUGGUCUGCGGACAGGAGACUUCCUCAUCGAGGUAAACGGGGUAAAUGUAGUAAAGGUGGGCCAUAAGCAGGUGGUGUCCUUGAUCCGGCAGGGGGGCAACAGGCUGCUGAUGAAGGUGGUGUCUGUGACACGCAAACCUGAGUCUGAGGAAGUCGUUCGCAAGAAAGCUCCCCCACCUCCCAAGAGAGCUCCCAGCACCACCCUUACACUGCGCUCUAAGUCCAUGACAGCUGAGCUGGAAGAACUGGCUUCUGCUCGGAGGAGAAGAGGAGAGAGACUAGAUGAGAUGUUGGCAUCCCAGGAGUCUAUCUUGCGUUCUCAGCCCUCGGAGGCAGAUUACAGAGCAGCUACUGUCAAACAAAGGCCUACCAGCAGGAGAAUAACACCAGCAGAGAUCAGUUCACUGUUUGAGAGACAAGGGAUGACUCUACAUGGAGGUCUUCACCCAGGCAUUGAGAGAGGUCACAUACCACUACAAAGGGGGAUGUCCAGGACCAAGUCUUUUGGUGCCACUGAGGAGGAUCAGAUGUCUGCCCUUGCAGGCGAGCACAGAUUUCCCCGCAGUUCCUCUAUGACAGACAGCCUCCGAGAGCACUCACAGCCCCAUCCCAUCCCUCCACCGCCACAAACAGCACCCCCUCCCCCUCCCUACUACCUAGACACUGGUCCUCCCCCAGCCUUCUGUCCCCCUCCUCCCCCAUCUAGGACCCAGAGUCAGGGCCAUGAGCCUGGGGGACGCUCCAGCUUCAAGCCCUCCUCCUUGGACCUGCCUUACGAGGCCUCUCAGCGGCAGGCCACACACAUUGAGAGACAGAAGAAGGCCCGCUCCAUGAUCAUCCUCCAGGACUCUUCCCAUCUACCUGUAGAACCUACAGAAAUACCCCGUCCUUCUGCUGCUACUCCACCUGAGCGAAUCAAAAGGAAGGGUCGUGUUAUUGACAACCCUUAUGCUAAUGUGGGACAAUUUAGCAUUGGACUGUUCACACCCACCAAGCCCCAGAGGAAGAAAAGUCCCCUGGUGAAACAACUACAGGUGGAAGAUGCACAAGAAAAAGCUAGUCUGGCCUUAGCUGCUGCCCACUCCAGAGAGAGCUCACCCUCAGGACGACACCAAUAUACCCAUGGACACACACACACCAGCCGUGCAGACUACUACCAGCAGCAGCUGAUGGCUGAGCGAGAGCGUAUCCGUGCCCAGGGAGAGAUGAUGCUUCAGGGUAAGGGCCCCUUCGCCGCUGCAAUAGCUGGAGCAGUGAAAGACCGCGAGCGUCGCCUAGAAGAACGGAGGAAAUCCACUGUCUUCCUUUCUGUUGGGACCAUGGAGGGGGCGUCUACCACCAGCUCUGACUCCCCCUCUCUGACUCAGUCUCACUCCAUCGAUGAACGGAUGCUCACCAGAGAGCUGGGACAGCUGCCUCCCCCUGCCUUGGCCCUGAGCCCCUCGCCUAGUGGGACCACCUUUAUCCAUCCGCUCACAGGAAAGCCCCUGGACCCCAACUCUCCACUGGCUCUUGCGCUGGCCGCAAGGGAGAGAGCACUGACCUCCCAGAGCCAGUCCCCAACUGGCAGCCCAGAGCCUAGGACUAAACAGGAGCGGGCAGUAUUCAUUGACCCUCAGACCAAAGAGUCUCCACAUGGGGAAGGGGCACACACAACUCCCCCUUUUUCACCUAAAAGCGCCAAGGCAGCGGGGUAUGGAGUUGGAUCCUCCUCGGCUUCUAUUUUAGUACCCCAGCCCACAAAACCACAGUGGGCCUCAUCCCCAUCACCUUUAUCAUUCAGGAAGGAGAUGGAGGCCAGAGUAGAGGAGAGGAAGGAGGAGAAAAGACUAGAGGAUAAAAAAAGUAUGUUGAUUAGUAUUAUGGAUACGUCGCAGCAGAAAACAGCAGGGCUUAUCAUGGUCCAUGCUACCAGUAACGGCCAGGCUGUUGGGGUGGGUUCAGAACUAGAGCAGACAUCUGGCUCAACGUCUACGGAGCCCGGCAAAUCUCCAAGUCCUCGGGCUAAAUCUCCCAGUCCUACGAUCUCCCAGCCCCAGUCACAGCUCUUACUUCAAGCCCAGCCUCAAACUCAGCGUCCUGCCAGUCCAGCCCAAGAGAAAAGCCUGGCUCAGGGAAGCUCUGAGGAGGAUGUGGAUCCGUACACCGUGACCCUGCCCCCUGCAUUGUUGUCCUCCAGUGAUGAGGAAACUAGAGAGGAACUACGUAAGAUUGGAGUUGUUCCACCGCCAGAUGAGUUUGCUAAUGGGCUGCUGGCACAGGCACAAGGGACGCCAGUGUCCCCAACUAAACCUGCCUCCUCUCCCACCACCCCUACAACACCAACACCCAAAACACCCUCUACCCCAACAACCCCGACUGUGACACCCGCCCAGCCUCAGCCUCCCCAACCGGCACCUCCUCCCAGUGCAGCAGUUGUCUCAGGGAAGCCCUCUGACCCUCUGGAGCCCCCGCCGGUGAGCGAGUCUGGCUCUGCGGCUGACUCAGGCGUGGAGGAGGCUGACACGCGCAGCUCCAGCGACAGAGAGCGAGACCACCAUCUCGAGACCACCAGCACCGUCUCCACGGUCUCCAGCAUGUCCACAUUGUCCUCAGAAAGCGGCGAGCCUGCCGACACCCACACCACGCACACCUCCUAUGCCGACGGGCAGACUUUUGUGCUCGACAAGCCGCCAGUGCCUCCUAAACCCCGACUCAAGUCCCAAAUAGGAGGCAGUAAAGGCCCUGUCACCUUCAGGGACCCUCUGCUGAAGCAGAGCUCUGACAGCGAGCUGCUAUCACAACAACAGGCUGCUGCUCUGGCUGUUGCUGCAGCUGGAGGAGCUGGGCUGCCUAUAGGUGGUUCAGCCUCAGUGACUGGACUAGCCCCUACCAAGCCGCGCUACCUCUUCCAGCGGAGGUCCAAGCUGUGGGGGGACCCAGUGGAGCCUCGUGGACCAGGGGUGGGGAUAGGUAUUGGGAGUCUGGGCAAUCUUGGUGGACUGGGACUGGGGUUGGGUUUAGAUGAGGGAGCAAAACCAUCUGUUAUGGGGGAGCUUAGUUCAAGACUACAGCAGCUAAAUAAAGACACUAGGUCACUGGGAGAGGAACCAAUGGGAGCAUCGUUUGACCCCGGGAGGAAGUCACCUGUGGCAGGUGCCAGACUUUUCAGCAGCCUAGGCGAGCUCCACACCAUUUCUCAGAGAAGUUACGGCACCACAUACACCAUCCGCCCUGGCAGCCGUUACCCUGUCACCCGACGCGCCCCAAGCCCAGGAUCAGGCUCACCUGAUCGGGGCGACCCCCUUGGACGAUUCUCAAGCUUCGGCCUACCGACCUCACCGACUACACCGCCACAAACAAUCCUCAAAUCCUCUAGCCUCAGCCUACCCCAAGAGCCUAAAGAGGUGCGCUUUGUAAUGAGGAGCUCCAGCGCCCGUUCCCGCUCUCGCUCCCCGUCCCCAUCACCUUCUCAUUCCCCCGGACUGGGGUCACCACUUUUAGCCCUCAGGCCCUUCCAUCAGAAACCCCUCCACCUCUGGAAUAAGUACGACGUUGGAGACUGGCUGGAGAGCAUAAAUCUGGGGGAGCACAGAGCAGGGUUUCAGGAACAUGAGAUCGAAGGCUCUCACCUGCCAGCUCUAACCAAGGAUGACUUUGCAGAGCUGGGAGUGACCCGAGUCGGACACCGCAUGAACAUUGAACGAGCACUGAAAAUGCUGCUAGAGAGCUGACCCCUGCCCUGAGCCACAGCAACAGAUGGAGAGAAAGACGAAGAUUGAACGGGCAAGAUAUAGAGUUAAGGAAAGAGAAAAGAUAGGGGCCGCUCCUCCUUUACUCUGGCUGCUUUUAUGUUCUGCAUCACAAAUGUUUACCUGUGUACAUUAGCGACACUUUAUGUUCCUUUUUAGUAUUAAUACCCUGCACUAGGCACUGCACUGAAGAGGGGGAGUCAACACGUUUGUCCCCCUCUACUUGGCCCUUAGUGUCUGCCCACCUCCUUGCCUGCAGCCAAUUAGAUCAGACCUCAAAAUGGGUUCUGGUCUUUCUUUGCCGAGGAGAAUCGCAUGAGCUCCAAUUAAAAUAUUUGAUUUGUGUAAGCUUGUUUCCGUAGUAACACCCACAAUCUCUCUCUCACUAUUCCCUCCUCUCCUCUCUACCUCUAUCCUUCCAUCUAUUAGGCCUCUGAAAGCCUUUUGCAGUUUGAGUAAAGGAGGAGGAAGAAUCAUUUUUGUUCCAAACAGAAAGCUCAGUUGCCUUUCAAAAUAUUUAUACAGAGAUCAACAAUGAUGAACACAGGACUAUGGACAUAGUGCUGACACAGCUCUGAAAAUGUGUGUCUUCUCUAAACCUGCUGUUGUUUUUAAACCUAAGACUUUCGAGCCCAGAGGUGGAGCUCCACCAAGCAAA